CUCCUCCUCCUCCUCCUCCUCCGUUAGAGACUUAAUGUCCCCGGGUCUCUGUGGAGGUGAGUGAAGGAUGCCAGGAUGCCCACUCUGAUCUCCCAUCUGCUCGUCAUCUGGCUGAGCGUGCACAGGCUGGUGUGGUGCACGGAGCGCUCCUCCGCACGGGAGCGCUUCAAGGUGGUCAUCGCUCCGCUCAUCUGCAAGAGGAUCUGCCUGAAGGGCCAGUGUCAGGAUACCUGCGAGCAGGGCAACAACACCACGCUGAUCGCAGAGAACGGGCAGGCGGCCGACACGCUCAUCGGACAGGGCUUCAGGGUCGUUGUGUGUCCCCUGACGUGUAUGAAUGGAGGAGUAUGCAGCACGAGGAAGCACUGCCUGUGCCCGCCUGGCUUCACCGGUCGGCUAUGCCAGUUUCCACUCCACCAGAUGCAGCAAGCUCAGGCAGCGCGAGGCAACAAGCAGCCUGUCUACCCCAUGUCUUUGAAGCCAGAAGGCCACAAACUAGUGGAGCAAUUAAGCAUAGCGCGAACUCAGUACACGCAAACACACUCUGUUCUCACCCUACCCAUGUCACACUCAUCUGAAGUACAGUUUAAUGUACGCGUUCACCACACGCCAGACACCUCUGUAGUCAUUCAACCGCUCGACCAAUCAGAUGUCAAGCUUCCUCACAAGAUGGGGCCACGACCAGUCCCCGCCAGACACAAACCAAAGGGGCGCUGCUUCCAGGAGACCACACCCAAACAAGCUUGCAACAGCACCCCGCUUCCUGUUCUGACCAAUCAGGAGGAUUGCUGCGGCAGCGUGGGGAAUUCAUGGGGACAACACAAGUGUUAUCAGUGCCCCAAACUACCCAAUGCUUCAGUCAAGCAUACCAUUGUGGAAGACUACGGCUCUACCUGUCCGCAAGGCUAUAAAAGAUUCAACAGCACUCACUGUCAAGAUAUCAACGAGUGCUCCAUGCAGGGCGUCUGUCAGAACGGAGACUGUCUGAACACAUUGGGCAGCUUCAAAUGUUCCUGUAAGGCGGGAUUGGUGUUCGACAGGAAUCGAUGUGUUGAGUCUCCAGCUGAGCAGGCUCAGUGCUUCCGGAUGGCGUCCGAGGCCAGAGGCUGCGAGCAUGCGCUGCCCACCCACCUCACCCAGGAGAUGUGCUGCUGCACGGUGGGCAUAGCCUGGGGCCGCAACUGUGAAAGAUGUCCUCAGGUGGGCACAGUGGCCUUCAGUAAAAUCUGCCCCGCUGGAAAAGGAUACUUUCUCCAAAAUAUAAGAGAGACCUUGGCCUUCCCUCCCAUCAACUUCCCCCGCAAGCCCGACAAGGAGGAACCAAAGUGGCAGAAGAGGCCUCCAGAGACGGUGACUGCUGUGCAACAGUCUCCCACCAGCACCAGCAGUCGUCGUGUGCCUGUUGUUAAACCCACCCCUCCAACAAUCAUCAGAAUGACCCCAGGCAAUGACCCCUUCGAAACACAGACAAAAGUCUUGCCAGAGACAGAUGAAUGCAAGUAUAGCAGGAACAUCUGUGGUCACGGAGAGUGCGUGAACAGUCUGAACGGCCACAUCUGUCACUGUCACCCUGGCUACCAUCUCAACCCGCAGAGGAACAUCUGUGAGGAUAAUAAUGAAUGUGAUUCAGAACCGUGCGGCCACGGCAGAGGCAUUUGCGUCAACAUAGAAGGAGGUUACAAAUGCCUUUGCCGUCAGGGCUAUAAACACAUGGUGCAGUAUGGGAGACUCAAGUGCGUAGACGUGGACGAGUGCUCUAAACAGGACAUCUGUGGUGCCGGCGGCCAGUGUGUAAACCUGCCCGGCUCUUAUAAAUGUGAAUGUCACAGCGGCUUUAGGAGCAAGUCACACCGUCACCCAGCCUGUGAAGAUAUAAAUGAGUGUUUGAACCCCGACACUUGUCCCAAUGAGCAAUGUGAGAACACACCAGGCUCAUACGAGUGUGUUCCUUGCUUGCCUGGUCAUGAGGCCCGCAGCAGCAUCUGCUAUGACAUUAAUGAGUGUCAGAAGCCUGGCAUCUGUCCUAACGGGCGCUGUGAGAACCUCCCUGGUACUUACCGCUGUCUGUGCAACGAGGGCUUCCUCCCGUCUUCAGACAGCAAAGGUUGCAGUGACAUUGAUGAGUGUGAGGACGUCAGGCUGUGUGCUAACGGCCACUGCAUCAACACAGAAGGCUCCUUCCAGUGCCGGUGCUACCCGGGAUACCAGCGCACACAGGAAGGCAGCCACUGUGAAGAUAUCAAUGAGUGUGAGAGGCCAUCAAACUGUCAGAGGGGCCGCUGCAUCAACAGUAUGGGCUCAUACCACUGUGAUUGCCAGAGUGGCUUCAAACUGGUCGGAGGCAGACAAUGCCAAGACAUGGACGAAUGUGCCGCAGACAGAAGUCUCUGCAAGCCCUUUGGCUCAUGUGAAAACAGACCAGGCUCGUAUGUGUGUGUCUGCAACCGUGGUUAUGUCCUCUCAGAGGACAAACACAGCUGUAAGGCAGUUCGAGUGCUGGAGGAUGAGAAGAAGGAAUGCUACUUGAACCUCGAUGACACUGUGUUCUGCGACAGCGUCCUGGCCACCAACGUCACCAAGCAGGAGUGCUGCUGCUCCAUUGGAGUGGGAUGGGGAGAUCACUGUGAGAUCUAUCCCUGUCCUGUCUCCCACUCAGCCGAGUUCCACUUCCUGUGUCCAAAUGGGCAAGGCCUCUACUAUGACGAAGGACUCCUGUACAGCCUGCCUGUCUACCAUGAUAUCGACGAGUGUUCUUUGUUUGCUGAUGAAAUCUGUAAGAAGGGUCGCUGUGAGAACACGCAGCCGGGCUACGAGUGCUACUGUCAGCAGGGCUUCUACUAUGACAGCAAUCUUCUCGAGUGCAUUGAUGUGAACGAAUGCCACGACGAGUCUCUGUGCACUAAUGGUCGCUGCGUCAACACCGAAGGGUCCUUUUACUGCAACUGUAACCGGCCCUGGACUCCGGACUCCCACAAGAAGAAGUGUGUGCUCGCAACAGUAGCAGAUGUGAAUGAGUGUGAGGACCCAGCCAACUGUAAGAACGGCCACUGUGUGGACGCUCCAGGGUCGUACUACUGCAUCUGCUCUCUGCCCUGGACCCUGGCCACCGACCGUAACAGUUGUGUGACUCCUGAAGAGCAGGCUGAUGUGAAUGAGUGCCAGGACCCCUCGUACUGUAAGAAUGGGAGGUGUGAGAACACGCCCGGCUCCUUUCACUGUUUUUGCGACCCUCCCCUCACCUUCAGUGCAGCGCUGAAUGAGUGCGUCUAUGACGAUCGCACUGCAGCCCACAAGGAUGUGUGUUUCCUGCAAGUUGACGAAGGCUUGAUCUGCAGCGAGCCCAGGAACGGCAUGGUGGUGACCUACUCAGAGUGCUGCUGUCAUUACGGCCGUGGCUGGGGGCCCGAGUGUAACACCUGUCCACCUAGAAACUCAGAAAUGUUCAGUCGUCUGUGUGAGAUGCAUCUGGAGACGGAGUCUGAUGGGGAGCAGGAUUUCCUGGCAGCCUUUGCCAACUACAACCCAGGUGACAGUUCAGAGGAGGAUUCAGACGAGUGCAGCUGUGCAAAUGGCCGCUGUGUCCGCUCCUAUCUGGGCACCAUGUGUGAAUGUAACACAGGCUUCAGGCUGGACCACUCACGCACCCGCUGUAUAGACAUUGAUGAGUGUGCAGAGCCAGGAGCUCGUGUCAGUCCAUGCAAGAACGCUCGCUGUGUGAACACCGCCGGCUCAUACAAGUGCUUCUGCAAACACGGCUUUGUGGCCACACGCAGGGCAAACACAUGUGCCCGGCGCAGAACUCGGUAACCUCCGUGUGUCACUCUGUUUAUCCCUUUCUACGCAGUCUGAACAGGACAUGAACUGACAACAACGUACAGUCAGGACUGCAUAGAAGUUCAUCGGUACCUGCCUGCCUUCCAUCCAGGACAUAUACAGCUCCAGAAUCAGGAAACAUAACUGCAGACCCUUCACACCCUGGACACAACCUGUUUAGUCUCCUUCCCUCUGGGAGGUGCUACAGAACAACAUACACCAAAACAAACAGACACAAGAAUCAAAUCAUCUGUCACUGUCAAUGUAAAUCUUACACGCUGUACAGACAGUACAUAUUCAUCUUACUACUUAAUCAUUGCCUCCAUGGUCUUCCAUUCAGUUAUUAACACUUUGCACUAUGUUUUAUUUAGUACAGAACACUUAGCUUGUAUAUAGACCUUUUAUUUCUUAUUUUAUUUUUGUCAUUGUUUUUUCUCUUUCUAUAUAUUCAUAUAAAAUAAAUGUAUACCUUUUUUCACUCUCAGUGUACAUAGCAGUCUUGUCUAAUUUUUUCCUUUUGUUGUCCUUGUCACUCACUUUUAUUUGUAUUUCUGUGUAAGUACAUUGGGUGAGAUGUGAAAAGAGAAUCAAAUUAUUUCUAAAUGCAUGCAUA